UCUCUGUAAAGAAAUUUUAUUUCAACUUUACCCGUUUCACCCGGCCUGCAGCUGUUCACUUAUCAUCUUUUAAGGACUUCAUUGGCACUGUAUCAUCAUCUCUUCCAAGCUAGCUAGCUGGCUCCCCCAUUUCUGCUAGCUGAACAACCAAGAGCCUGCAGGAGUCGAUCAUCGAUUUAGCUGAAAUUUUGUUUUCCUGAUUUGAUCUUGCAGCUCAUUAAUGAUCAUGAGUGCGGUAAGAUGAUCUCAAAUUCAAGAGAAAAAGAUAUUCAAGCUGCCAAGCAAGAGGACGGAAGCCGCAAUGAUAUUGGAAAGUUGUCUAAAGUGGGAGCGUCGUCUAGUUCAAGGCAAUGGUCAGCAGGAUUUAGAAAUCCAAGGAUCGUGCGUGUGUCGCGUUCUUUUGGAGGAAAAGAUAGGCAUAGCAAGGUUUGCACCAUAAGGGGAUUGAGGGACAGACGGAUUAGGCUUUCAGUACCCACAGCAAUUCAGUUGUACGAUCUUCAGGAUAGGCUCGGGCUUAGUCAGCCUAGCAAGGUGGUAGAUUGGUUGCUUGAUGCCACUAAAUUUGACAUCGAUAAGCUACCACCACUCCCAAUUCCCCAGGGAUUCGGUCAAUUUCAUCAUCAACUUUCUCAUCAUCAUGAAUCAAAUGCCUCUCCCUCUUCUUUUCAUGCCCCUAAUUUAUUUGAUGCAAAUUCUAGUACAUUUAUAAAGGACGGGGAAGAUCAAAGAACAACGUCCGUGAUGGCAGCGAAAACGAAGGCCGAUUGGGAUCCUAUGGAUUCUGCAUUGAGACUAAAAAACAAAGAAUUUGAAAGAUCAGGAUCACUACUACUAGAUCAAGUUGGUGAUAAAGGCAAGUGGAUCAAAACAAAUCAUGAAGAAGAUGAGAUUCAGUAUGGAAUUGGUACUACGUCUAGUAGUACUACUGGUUAUGGUGCACAGAUUUCAGCACAUAAUUUUUUCCCAAUGCCCAAUCAUUCUUCCUUACCUAGCUUGCUAAACAAUGCCAUGGCCUACAAUUCAUACUAUCAGUCUGAUCAGCCUUCUGCAUUAUCUCUAUCUCAGUUUGGAGGCCAUGGAUCAUUAUUUCCAUCUCAAAUAGAUCAUCAUCCACAUAGUACAAGCAGUGCCAUGCCACUUCCAUCCGGGUCUCAGUUAUUUUUCUGUCCAUCUUCAACAACACCAGCACUUUUCACUCCAUAUCCUUCCUAUAUCACCACCCCAUUAAUAGAGAGUGACCCAAGACAAUUCAGCCAUAUCCAAUUGUUAAACUCAAGUAGUUCACAGCAUCACGUCCUACCUCACCCUCUUAUUUCUUCACUUCAUUCAGUUGGCUCUCCUUUGAAACCCUUUCCAGGAAAUGAGAAUCCCAAGCUGCAACUUCCUCAAUCACAUGAAAGCAAACUGGAUUAAAUAUUAGGGUAACAGUACUAGAAGUGCUGGUUCUUGAUGAUCCUAGCUAUUGUACUGGUGAUUAAUUUCUUGCUUCGUCUCGUUCGAGUACUCAUCAUCAUCAUGGAUGUCAUGUGUUAGGAUAUCGGCACGACACGAUCGAUUUCCGAGAUGGAUGUAUGCGCGCAUCAUGUCUCAACUCCUCGAUCGAUCGAUUAUCACAAUACAAGUAAGACACUUAAGAAAAUUACAUCUAUUUUCUGCAUUUAAUUUGCUACGUACGAUUUGCAAGAAUUGGUGAUGUCACAAUAUUACAUGCACGUUUGUAAGGAUUGAUGCGAUACAAUACUGCAUACUUGUGAUUGAGUGCUUAGAAUAUAAUUUGUAUUCAGUGCUGACCAGUAAACUCAUGAACUUGAUUGGUUAUAGCAGUCAUUUAAA